AUGUCAGUAAGUGCAGCCUCUAUCGCAGGAUCGUCCGAGUCACCACAACCACAGACAAGGACGAUGGGCGCGACCGUGCCUUCAUCAGCCGCAUCGACGGCUACGACACAAGACAGGACAACAUCAUCCACAUCUCGAUCCUCACCCCCGUCCGCGUCCGCGGCGUCGUCGGUGUUUUCCGCCCCGACGUGGUGGCCACGGUUGGGGUUCCGCGGAGCGCGGGGCGGUGGCACGGCCACAACGCUGGCCAGUGCGAGCGGCGCGUCGUCCAGGGCACAUGUGCAGGCCUCGGCCCCUCCUCCAGCGGCAGCUCCGGGGCCCUCCUCUAGACGGCCACCGGAUGUUGGCCUGCCGACGUCGCCAACGUCCCCUGGGCGACAGCAGCAGCAGCAGCAGCAGCAGCAGGCCAACAACGUCGCCGAGGCACGCGCGGCGCUCGAGGCGUCCAUGGCCAACAUCCUGGACCGCGAGCUCGUGCCCCGCGCCACGGCGCUGCACCUGGGCGAGCGCGUCAUUAAGAAGCAGCAAGCCGACGUGGUACGCGCCACCGGCUCACUGCGCCAGGCCAACCGGCAGCUCGAGGAGGUGGUCGAGGACGUCAGCUGGAAGCUGAGGGAGGUGGGCGACCUGCAGAACUGGACUGAGCUGCUGGAGCAGCGCUUCCUGGCCGUCGAGGAGACGAUGAGACUGGUCAGGGAGGGCGACAGCGACGAUGACAAGGGCAGCUGUAGCAGUUGUCGGUGCUCCGAGUGCUGUUCGGACUGCGGGGGGAGCGACUGGGAUGGGAUUGCUGAGGACGGGGAAGAAGUGCCCCAUUUCAACUCUCACGGCCAAGAACAAGGCGACGCCCUGAAAGCCGCGGACGGACCCGGAGGAUUUUCGAGAAUACCUCACCAUAUGGAGCAGCGUUCCGAGGUUGAUGAUCCCCUCGUGUCGAAAUCGAUAUUUGUCGAUCCUUGUCGUAUACCCCUUCCCGAGGAAGCUUGGUCGCCGCUAGACAUUGACAUAGCCUGCCAGGUACCCUUACCCGAGGACUUCCUGCUCAACAAGCUGGAUGAUUGUUCAGAUUCAUGGAUUGGUCAACAGAGUACCACGAUACUUGCGGACGAGUGUCCAAGUGCACAAUAA